AUGAGUGAAAGAGGGAAGAAAGAAAAACCAACCGAGAAAAAAGAGAGGAUGAAGAACAUCUUCAAGAAGCUUCAUAUAGGUAGCAGCCACGAUCCUCAUCGAUCCAAUGAAAUUCCGCCACCUGUACCAUCGCCGUCUGACGCCGCCGAACAUGUUACACCCACUCCUUCUUCCUCGUCGCCGUCUACUGCGACUAUUCCUCCUGCUUCCACUGGUGGUGGUUUGUCUGCGGUAGUCAAUCGGCAAGACUUUUUCUCAUCGGAAGAGGAAUUUCAGGUACAGUUAGCCCUAGCUAUCAGUGCUUCCAAUUCGGAGUUCCGUGGUGAUGAUCCGGAGAAGGAUCAGAUCCAUGCGGCAACGCUACUCAGUUUGGGAGGACAUCGGAUUGAUUCCAAUAAGGAUGAUGUGGCGGAGGCGCUUUCGAGGCAGUAUUGGGAAUACAAUGUGCUUGACUAUGAAGAGAAAGUAGUUGAUGGUUUUUAUGACAUAUAUGGCCUCUAUAAUGACCCAGCAAUGCAAGGAAAGAUGCCAUCUCUAGCUGAUCUUGAAACAAACUCAGGUGGUUCUAGCUUUGAAGUAGUCAUAGUUAAUAGAACAAUUGAUCCUGCCCUGGACGAGCUGGUGCAAAUUGCACACUGUAUAGCAUUGGACUGCCCUGUCUCUAAGAUUGAAAGAAGUACAGAAUUAAGGACAUCUCUUCACACAAGUGUAUUACCUCUUGGGUCCUUAGAUAUUGGGCUCUCUAGGCAUCGCGCUUUACUUUUCAAGAUAUUAGCAGACAACAUUCAGAUGCCUUGUAGACUGGUUAAAGGUAGUCAUUACACUGGUGUUGAGGAUGAUGCUGUCAACAUUAUAAAAUUAGAUGAUGAAAGGGAGUUUUUAGUUGAUCUCAUGGCUGCUCCUGGAACACUCAUCCCAGCUGAUAUUUUAAAUGCGAAGGAUAAUGCCUUUAAGUCUUACAACCCCAAGAUUGUGCCGAGUUUGCUUUCCGCUGAGGAAACUGAGCUUUCUUACUCAAGACCUAUACCUCCCUCUAAUGGUGAAGGCAGUAGUCAGACUUCUGUAAUAAAAGGUACGCUGCCUUGGAAUGGACAAUCAUAUACUGAGAAGUCAGAGUAUAUGCCUUCAAACUUUGGUUUGAACAGAGACACUGGUGUUGGUCCAUCUAAAAUUCCUAAUAGAGGGAGUCCUAAUCAACGGGAAAAUUUGCCACCUUCAUAUGCUAAUUCUUUGUACAAAGGUACUCUUGGAAUGAAUGCAGUGGGUGAUGGGACAAGAUUGAAUGUCAAUGUUGUGCCAUAUGCCCAAAACAACCCCACCGACCCUCAAAACCUUUUUGCAGAUCUGAACCCAUUCUUGAUAAAAGGGACUGGGAAGUCCUUUGUGCACAACAAACCUGUGGAAAAUAAACCUCCUGAGCACAGUACAAAAAACAAUGCCAUUUCUGGUCGGCCCGUGUCACCACUGAUGUGGAAGAAUCAGCAUGCCUACAACGAAGUCCCCAGAAAAACUAAUCAUAACCCUAGUGAAUAUUACCCUCCUUUAUUAAAUACCGAUCUCAGCACUUCCAAUUCAUCAUACAAUUCAAAUAUAAAUAAUGAUAUUAGUUCUCAAACCUCUGGACAAAUUACUGGUUCAGCCUCAUCAGCUGGCGUAGGUGAGCUGAACUGGACCGACGGUCUCAAUGCUAAUUUUAGAAGGGGUGAUUUAGAGAGUUCUCAAAAUGUCAUGGUAAAGGGAUUUAACGAACCCGAAAGCACUGAACUCGGAUAUCGUGACAGGAGGAAGUGCAUAUAUGACAGAUUCAUGGGAAGCAAUUUGCAAUUAAAUGAUUCCGAUGGUCCUAGCUCUUCAAUUGAUUCCAUUACAAACCGGGUUGAUCAAAUAUUGGAUGAUGCAGAUGUUGGUGAAUGUGAGAUUCCAUGGGAGGAUCUGGUUAUUGGUGAAAGAAUUGGUCUAGGUUCAUAUGGUGAGGUAUACCGUGCGGACUGGAAUGGCACGGAGGUUGCGGUGAAGAAAUUUUUGGAUCAGGAUUUUUCAGGCGCUGCCUUGUCCGAAUUCAAAAGAGAAGUACGGAUAAUGCGUAGGCUGCGUCAUCCAAAUGUUGUUCUUUUUAUGGGUGCUGUCACCCGCCCUCCCAAUCUCUCAAUCAUUUCCGAGUUUCUCCCGAGAGGAAGCUUGUACCGAAUUCUUCAUCGGCCUAAUUGUCAGAUCGAUGAGAAACAAAGAAUAAAAAUGGCUCUUGAUGUGGCUAGGGGUAUGAAUUGCUUGCAUGCCAGCACUCCUACAAUUGUUCACCGAGAUCUGAAGUCCCCAAAUCUUUUGGUUGAUAAGAACUGGAACGUUAAGGUAUGCGAUUUUGGGCUGUCAAGGUUGAAGCAUAACACAUUUUUAUCAUCCAAAUCAACUGCUGGAACGCCGGAAUGGAUGGCUCCUGAAGUUCUUCGCAAUGAACCUUCAAAUGAGAAGUGUGAUGUUUAUAGUUUUGGUGUCAUCCUAUGGGAGCUUGCCACUCUAAAGUUGCCAUGGACUGGAAUGAAUCCUAUGCAAGUUGUUGGUGCCGUAGGUUUCCAAAAUCGCCGCCUUGAAAUUCCUAUGGAAGUUGAUCCUUUAGUAGCAAGAAUAAUCUGGGAAUGUUGGCAACAGGAUCCAAAUUUGCGCCCCUCGUUUGCACAGCUGACGGUGGCUCUUAAGCCCUUGCAGCGUCUGGCUCUUCCAUCUCACCAAGACCAGGUAGCUCCACCUCUGCCUCAGGAGAUUUCUGUAAAUUCUACCCCAUGA